GCAUAAGCACUCUCAGAUCCAGAGCAGAAGAGAGAUACGCUUUCUGUUUUUCCACACUUGUGAGACAAUAAAGAUGCUGUGGGUUCAUUCCACCAUCCAGCGAAUAGCCAGUUCUCCCCUGUGAAUUGAUUCAUUUGGACAAGCAAACCAUAUGAUUGACUGCCUUUCAUAUAGAGCAGGAAGACUGAUUCUCAAAGCAGCGCAGCUUUGCCCAGGGUACCUGCCAACGGUAAAGUGAAAGACAGGUGCUGUGUGCUGUCUAUCUCUCUCUUUCCCUCUGCCUGAGUGCUACACAUGGCUUCCUCAUUCCUGACCCGCCAGCUGGCUGUCUCCCUUCAGCAGAACCUGCGGCUCGCCACUCCAGGUUGUCGAUAUGUCAGCAAAACUGCCACAAAGACUGUGUCAGAGUUUGAAUAUGACGCCCCUUCCAUGAAGACUCCCGUGCCAGGUCCAAAGUCCCAGGAGCUGACAAGACAACUUGGAGAGAUUCAAAAUGUUGGAGCGGUUCAUUUCUUCUGUAACUAUGAGGAGAGCAGGGGGAACUACCUGGUGGACGUAGAUGGCAAUCGAAUGCUGGAUGUUUACACACAAAUUUCCUCUAUCCCCAUUGGUUACAAUCAUCCUGCUUUAAUGAAAGUAGUGACCAAUCCAAACAAUGUGAGUGCAUUUGUCAACCGGCCAGCGCUUGGAAUUCUGCCACCCGAGAACUUUCCGGACAAACUGAUCGAGAGCCUUCUGUCGAUUUCCCCCAGCGGGAUGACCCGUGUACAGACCAUGGCCUGUGGCUCCUGCUCCAAUGAGAAUGCUUUCAAGGCCAUGUUUAUCUGGUAUAGAAAUAGAGAGAGAGGACACACCAACCCCUCUGAGGAGGACAUUGGUACUUGCAUGAUCAACCAGAGCCCAGGAUGCCCAGAUUUAAGCAUCUUGUCUUUUAUGGGAGGUUUUCACGGGAGAACUUUGGGUUGCUUGGCCACAACACAUUCUAAAGCCAUUCACAAGCUCGACAUUCCGUCCUUCGACUGGCCCAUCGCACCCUUCCCUAAACUGCAGUAUCCUCUGGAGGAGUUUGCGAGGGAGAAUGCGCAGGAAGAGGCCCACUGCCUAGAGGAGGUUGAGGAUCUCAUUGUGAAAUGGAGGCAGAAGGGCAAACCGGUGGCUGGCAUUGUGAUAGAGCCCAUCCAGGCAGAGGGAGGAGACAACUACGCCUCCCCUGACUUCUUCACCAAACUCCGCAAUAUUGCAUGCAAGCAUGGCUGUGCUUUCCACGUGGAUGAGGUGCAGACAGGUGGAGGAGCUACAGGCAAGUUCUGGGCCCAUGAGCAUUGGGGUCUGGAUGACCCUGCUGACGUGGUCUCCUUUAGCAAGAAGCUGCUCACAGGAGGAUACUUCCACAAAGAUGAACUGCAAGCAGACAAGCCCUACAGAAUCUUCAACACAUGGAUGGGAGACCCCUCAAAGAACCUGUUCUUAGCUGAGGUGCUCAAUGUUAUCCGAAGAGAGAACCUUCUGGAGGAGGUCACUCGCUCCGGGAAGGCGCUUUUGCAGGGUCUUUACGCACUGCAGACCCAGUACCCUAAUAUCCUGAGCAGGGCUCGUGGCCAGGGUACUUUCUGUGCCAUAGACGCCUGUGAUGAUGCAACUCGCAACAGUAUUAUGCUUAAGGCCAGGAACAAGGGUGUUCUUCUGGGUUCUUGUGGAGAAAAGUCCAUCCGUUUCCGUCCUGCACUAGUCUUCAAGGAGUAUCAUGUCCAUCAGCUCUUGAACAUCCUAAAUGACGUCCUGGCUGAGCAGAAAUAGAGCCCUGGUUGACAGGUCGGCCACAGUUAAAAAGCAUAGAUGUCCAAACCCAUAAAGGGGUUUCUGCAAGCCUGUCACAAUUUAUCGGUCUCUCUCAACCCACUCUCCUCUUGCCAUUUCUUAUUAAAAAAAGAUAUAUUUAUUAAUUAGUCAGACACAGAUGUCACCUCGGCUCCACAUUCUCUUCUUUUACCAAAAAUGGCCAGAUUUAAGAUUGAGUAUAUGGUUAGGAAAUAUCCUGGUUAUAACACCCCCAAAAAGAAUGGUCACUCACUCCGAUUGUAUAUUUAUGAACAAAAACUAAAUAGUCUUUUGCACAUCUCUCAUGGUGAUGUUGCAACUUUGUUUGUGAACUAUAUAAAGAAGUGACUCAGGACCAGAGAAACAUACAUAAAGUUCCACAGCUGUAUGAGCUCACCGAGGCAGGACAGCAUUUCUAAUUGCAAUAUUUCUGAUUACCUCCCUUUAUAUUCUAGAAUUAGAAGCUGUCCUGGUCUUAGUUUGGAAGUUAACAUGAAAGAAGUGGUCUUACGGUAUUGAAAAACACUCAAAAUAUUUGCCUAGUUUUUUGCCAGCAAGGAAAGUUCUUGCCUGCUGUCUUACUAAACAUGCCAUUUGAAAAGAUAAAAACGUAAAAUACAUAGAUACUAGUUUAGUAUCUAUAGUGAAAUGGCUGCACUGGAAAUGUAAUUUAUAGUUUGAUUUUUGCAUGAUGACAGAAUAGAAUUUACAGAGUACCUGAAUAUUACGGUCCUCUUUGAAUUAAAGCAUUUGUGAGUCUUAAAAUCAUUGUGGAAAAGAAGGUUGACUGAUUGCAUCCUGAGAGCCAAUGGAAAGCUGGAAGUGAUAAAGGAGGUGCAGAGAUACCUGUUUAAGUCUGAAAACCUCAAUCAGCAAGCCCUUUUCUUAAAGGAGACUGCUUAACCGUAUUACUCCUUUAAGGAAAAGUUGACCCAAAAAUGAAAAUUCUGUAAUUUAUUCACCCAUAUGUUGUUUCAAACCCAUAAUACUUUUCUUCUAUGUUAGUCUAGUUAUCAUUAACUUUCAUUGCAUCUUUUUUCUAUGCAAUAAAAGUGAAUGGUAACGUAAGGCCUUUGCACACCAUUGGCGAUACUUGCGAAACGGAUCACAGACGAAUGGCUCUUUCACAUUAAAAGGGAGGCGAAUAUCGCCGUAAACACAUUCACGCCUUUACAGUAGGUGGCGCCAAGGGCGUAGAUUUGGCUUAAACAUCAGGGGGGGUUGCAGCGUGAAGGAUUUACAUCACACGAGAAGAAUUACUUGACAAGUUUGCAGAAUACGCAAUGCAAAAUCGCAAUACGAAAGAAUUCAAGCUAUUUCUGUAACGAGCAGAUUACAUUUGUACAUUUGUUAAAAAUAACUGUGUAAUGCAAACUCACAUAAUGACUGUUAAAAUAAAUGUCAAUUAGAACAAUACUGGUUGUAGCUUAUUGCCAUGUAUAUCUACUUGUACAUUUCACAUAAGAUUAAAUGCAAAGGCAUAAAAAUGUAGCAAUAUGGAAAACAUUAUGAAGACUAUCCACAUAAGAUUAGAAAGUUUGUUUUUAAAGGUGAUGCAAAGAAGUAAUGCAGCAAUAUAUCAUUUACAUGUCAAUAGAACCCAUUUGAGGGAGAAAAAAAAAUUCCGAUUUUAAAGCAUUUGAUGUGAAUGAAACACACAUCCUCAUUGCUGUUUCAGAUUUCUUCCUCGAGUUACUUCAGCGUUUAACGUCGUUGGUCAAUACAGCUUUCUGUGCUUUAGCGCCACCCGUUGCGCUGGUUUUGGUAACUGCAGGGGCUCUUGACACAUGAUCCUAAGCUCAUAUUUUAUUGGUCAGGGCAUUUCAUCACCGGACAAGGAAAAAAAAAAAUUCGACACACCGUAAAAAAUGUAAAAAAAACCCCCAAAAAACUAAACUUUUGUUGCCGCGUGAAUGUUCGCUCCAGAUGUGAAUCCAUUGUUUCUAUUUAAUAUGUUAAUUGUGGCAAAAAUUCGUCUGUCUUUCUGCCUAACAUUUCCUUUUCUGUGGAAUAAAGUCAAAUGGGUUUGGAACGACAUGAUUGUAAGAAAAUGACAGAACUUUCCUUUUCGGUUGAACUAUUCAUUUAGUGCCAAGAUUACCAACACUCAAUCAUAAAGAGCAAUAGUCUUAACUGUGAAGAGAGGCCAAAACAUUUAAAGCACAAGCUUGUGGUUUAUGGCUGAAAUGGUCUAAAGGUAUGCCAAAAUCUUAUAGCAUUAACAGGGUUUCACAGUUGACCAUAGACGGCCAUAAAUCUGGAUCCAACAGUAUCAAUCAUUCUUUUCUUUUUUAAAAGCACACAUAACUAUCAGACAAGCUUGGGGCGGCUUGGUUUAGUGUCCAUCCACUGCUCAGGUGAACAUGAUCCCCUCAGAAUCCAUCAUGUUUAUUGUAAUUUUUCUCAUUACGGACCACAUGUACGAAGCAGAAUGAUAUAGUUCCGCUGGAACCAUCACGCACAAGAUAUUGUUCAUUGCCGCCUAAUGAUUAUCACAUGAACAGUUCGAUGCAGUAAACCUGUAAAUGUUUUAUUAUCUUUGGGGUGAUUCUCCUCUUUUUGUUUCUUCAAGUUGAAAGGGCAAAUAAAUAGAUAUUCCUUCAGCUUGUUUGUGGUAUCCUGAGUUUAAACUGUCCUUUUGUUUCAAAAUAAACCCCAGUGCGUGCUUACUGUUGUUAGAUUAUGCAAGGCUUUGUAUAGAUAAUAUAGCUUUGUUUAUGGCACCAUCUUUUGGGGCCUCAGUUUAAAGUUCGUUAUUGAAACUGAUAUUAAAGGGAUAGUUCACCCAAAAAUGAAAAUCCCCAAUUCAUUUACUCACUCAUGUUGUUCUGAACCAGUAUGACCCUUUUUUUUUUUUGGAACACAAAAGUAUAAUCUGGGCAGUACGACAGCCUCAGUCACCAUUUACUUUACUUUCAAUGACAAUGAAUGGUGACUGAGACCGACCAUUCUGUCUAACAUUGAGUAAAUUAUGAUUGAAUUUUCAUUUUUGGGUGCACUUUCCCUUUAAUGUCAGUUUAAAUAAGGAACUUUAUUUCAUUUUCUCAACAGUUAUAAAUGUGUGUGAAAUCCCACCUUCUCAUAUACUGAGCAUUAUUCUUUUGUGAUAUUGCGUUCCAUGUCGGUGUAGUGUAGAAAUGUGGUAAAUGUUUUGGAUGCAUUUUAAAUGCACAGGCUCCUUAGAGACCCGAUAUAUGAAAGCUGUCAGUAUUUAAUAGAGAUAUGUGUAUUAUUGAUAACUAACAAUAAUAAAAAUGGCUAAUGUUUGUUUACACUGUUUAUGUGUAGUAAAAUUAGAACAAUUAUUGAUGUAAUUAGUUCUACAUAAACCUUAAUAUUAUUGUUGAAAGUUAUAAAAUAAAUAUCUUCAAAUAAAUGAAUCUUACAUUUUGA